AUGGAAAAACAGGAGCCGCCACCGUACACUGAGCAGCCGCUGCCGGAAACGCAACCGCAGCCAAUGCCACAGGCAACACCUCAAGCGCAGAUCAGGUUUGUGCCCGUGCAGGGUCCGACGCAGCCACCUCUCUAUCCACCGAUGCAGCAGCAACCCUGUUCCUGUGUCGUGAUACACACAACAACACAACCUGUCCAUGUGCCGGUGGGCAGGGAUCCGACCUUCGUACGUUGCCCCACCUGCCAGAACGAUGUGGUGACCACAAUUCAAAGUACGCCCACAGGACGAACGCAUAUGUGGGCCCUGCUACUGUGUCUAGUUGGCUGCUGGCCCUGUGUUUGCGUACCCUACUGCAUGGACUCCUGUAAGACGGCGAACCACUACUGUCCCGUCUGCAAUGCCUUUAUAGGCAGCCGAAUGCUCUAAAAGUAUUAGGAAAUCAAAAUUCAAAACUGUGCUUUAAUAAAGGAACUGACCUAAUGUAAAAUAUAAGACAUAACUAUUUAUUACGUUAAAAAAUAACUUAUAUUAACUAAUAUCCUAUAACUUUUAUAAACACUAUCCGAUGUCGGGAUAAUAUACCAUUUUGGACUCUUAAGGAUCAAUACUAUCAAUACAAAAAAU